GACGUUUCUUUCUAUCCGUAGAGAUAGAUCCUCCCUCAAUUUUUUCUUCGACGGAUGUAUGAAUAAAGGCAAUCGUAGCGUGAGAGAGAAUCGCGAGUUCCACUACAAGUACAGUUUCGUGUUAGUAAUUCUUCUGAUCGUGGGCUCAGAACUUGUCCGGUAUGCGUAAAUAUCGUGUCUAAAAUACGAAAUGUAUGAGCGAAAAUGACUGGAAACGACGCGAAGGGAUAAAAUACCUGUCAACGAUUAGCAAUGGGAGAGACGAAACGAAGUUACUCUGCCGCGCGUAUAUAGAUGUGUUACAAUGGCGUUCAGUUUAGCUGCUUUUUCUUAUAUCAUUGCCUUAAUUAUAGAUGCAUUCUUAAUAUUUUUCGUCUCAUUUCACGUUAUCGCGUUUGACGAAUUAAAGACUGGGUAUAAAAAUCCUAUCGAGCUCUGUAAUAGUUUAAAUUUGCUAGUUAUCCCAGAGUACGGGUUGCACAUUACGAUCAACGUUUUAUUUUUAAUUAGUGGACAAUGGUUCUCGUUGCUCUUGAACAUGCCGUUAAUAAUAUAUCAUUUAUGGCAAUACUAUCACAGGCCUGUCAUGUCUAAACCAGGUCUCUAUGAUCCCACAAGUAUAAUGGGUGCUCAUGUUCUGCAAUUCUAUUAUAGGGAAGGAUGGUAUAAGCUUUCGUUCUACUUGUUAUCCUUUUUCUACUACUUGUAUGGCAUGAUCAGCUCGUUCAUGCCCUGAAGCUGUCGUUAUUUACUAUUCGGGGAACGAACAGUUGUCCAUUUAUUGGAGUAAGAACGUUCGUAUAAUAAGCUAGGAGACAAAGGGUGGGCUAUCUGAUUUAUUAAACUGUGCAUCGCAGUUUUGUACAAAUGAAACUCAACUGUAUGCUUGACUAAACUUAAGUAAACCUGUAUGGUACGAAUAAGAAGGAUCUACUUAAAAUAGUUGAUUAUA